AAAUAUAAGAGGGAAAACAAACACUCAUCUGUGUCUAAUUGAACAGCAAAGACUCCAAAUUAGAGGGAUGGCAGUCCGAACCCACAGGAUUUAUUUUGGGCUGCUUGUGAUGUCGGUCAGCAUCUUACUAUUGAUCUUAUCAUGGGACUAUUUAUCUCUGAAACGCAUCAGCUGGACUAAUUUCUUAAGAAAACAGACCGGUCAAGAGAGAUUGUUUGAUAGUGACGUUACAUUAUGGGUUGAGAGGGGAAUCUCGACUCUACCGCCCGCUGUGUCUAACGCAAAACAAGCAAAAGUCGCAGUUUCCACAACAACUAAACCAGUGACAAAGCUAAAAACUGAUCAAAUGAAAACCUCUGCACGUGGAGCUGUGGCUGAGACCCCCAUGCCGGUCCUCUCCAAAAAAUCCUUCAAAAAACUUCCUCAGUGGGACUUUGAGGAUGUCUAUAACCAGGAUGCCCCACCCCGACAGACAACCUGUGCCCAGUCUGUGCGAAACUCUGAGGAUGAGAGCUUCAAGAAGGCUUUCCUCCCCAACAUGCGUUUGUUCAUGCACAAAGACAAUAUCAACAUGAGCGAGUGGAACCGACUUUCACAUUUUAACAAUCCCUUUGGUUUUAUGGAGUUCAAGUAUGACGACGUGAUGGCUUCAGUGCGGUUGAUCCCAAAGCCAAAAGAGCCUCUCCUCUCUCCAAAGGCUGGCAGUGGUGGCUGUAUUCGCUGUGCUGUGGUGGGCACCGCGGGGAUCCUUAAUGGCUCUAAAAUGGGGAAAGAGAUAGAUUCACACGAUUACGUUUUUCGGAUGAAUGGCGCAAUCAUCAAGGGUUACGAGGAGGAUGUAGGGAACAAAACAUCAGUGUACGUCCACACAGCUCACUCCAUCACUACAUCGAUGUAUUUGCUCAAGAAGUAUGGAUACAGCUCUGUCCCUAACGAUGAGGGUAUAAAGUAUGUGCUGAUUCCUGAGGGGAUGAGGGAUUUCAAUUGGCUCCAGGGUCUUCUGAAAGGAGAGAGGAUUGCUGCUGGCCCCUACCAUAACAAGCGGCCGAGGACGUACUAUGCUGGGCAGUACAAUGAGAGCCGUUUCUAUGUUCUGCACCAGGACUUUCUCAGAUAUGUGCGAAACAGGUUUUUAAAGUCUCCUAAUCUGAAUGCUUCGUUCUGGGCGAUAGUCAGACCAACCAAUGGGGCAUUCACUGUCUUCCUGGCUCUACACACCUGUGACACAGUAAGUUUGUAUGGAUUCAUGACUGAGGACUACAAGAAAUAUUCCAACUACUAUGUGGAAAAACAUGUUAAAACCCAUGUUGUCUUCUACGCAAACCACGACUACAUCCUGGAGAUGAAGACAUGGAAAAAACUACAUGACAAUAAGAUAAUAAGACUAUAUCAAAGAGCAGACUCAGACACAGGGACAGAAAAGCAGAAGUAACACUGAUACACUGACGAUGGCAGCAAUGGCAUCAAGAAUAGAGUUCAUUUUAAUUAAUGAUUUUUUUUUUUUUUAGUUGUACUGUUUACCCUCCUUGGAAAAAGGUUGUUUUACUAUGAGUGUAAAUCACACCCGUUGACACAAUGUGUCUUUUUACAUAGUACUGUCUGGAUUAAGUGUGUGAUAAAAAGGGGAAUUUUUUAAAUCCUGGUCUGACAGAGAGAGGUAAAAAAAAACAACCCAAUGUUUUGCAACAGGCCAAAUUACAGGAAAACUGAUAUCAAUUUAUAUGUAUUCUACACUCAAUGAUAUAAAUGGGGGGGACAAAAUACUAAUAGGAUCUAUACUCUGUUUAACCUAACAGAACCACAGACAGCACCUCAGGGAUGUUUGUUAGGAUAGGAGAAGGGAAGUUGUAUUAGACUGCUAGUUUGCAUUUAUGAGUCAUUCAGUGGAAUCGAAAUAACAAGAUAAAAGCAUCAAGUAAUAGCUAAUCUUUUAUGAUCAUAAUGCAGAGGGGAAAACCUGAUAAACAAGUCCUGCUGAGUGCUAUCUUUUAAAUCUAUUAUUCACAAUGUUUUUUAUUUGUUAACAUUGAUUUUUUUUUAUUUCCUUUGGAUUGUCCAUGGAACAUAACAUAGUCUCUUAUUUUUUAACUUUUUAACUUUUUUAUUUUUUUCAUGUAAGGUCACUGCCUGUAUGUUACUCACAGAUGGGCUAGGAGCCAAUUAGUAAAUACAAUUUUACAAGCACUAGUACUAGUUCUGCUCAGAGUCCUGUAAACGAUGUCUAAAGCUCUUGGCAAGCGAGCGUCACCACCACCCACUUCCGUCCAGAGAAAACUUUCAUAUAGCUCCUUUAAGUAAGAUUUGUAACAGAAUA